GGAAGCGGAAGUUUCUAUUUGAAGCACUCGAAGAUUCACCCUUGAAUGAUCUUUACUGGCGGGAAGUCUCCAGCACCAAUGCUAAGAGCAUGAUCUGGCUGCUCCAGUUUCUCUCGCUUCUCUCCGGCCUUGGCCCAGGGAACACAGUUUCACAAACCCAAGCACGCCCAUUGCUGGUGGACGGGGUGCUGGGGGAGUCGGUAACUCUCCCCCUGAAGUUUCCUGCAAAAGAAGAGAUCCAGUCCAUCACCUGGCUUCAUAAUGGAGCAUCUAUCAUCUUCAUACCGAAAGAGCCAGCACAAAGCCAGGUGACUGAUCCAACACGGAAAGAUCGACUGAAAGUCAUCCAGUCCUCCUCCUUGCAGAUCAACAACCUGACAAUGGCAGACAGCGGACCUUACCGUGCCCAGAUAACCACAGCAACCUCCAGAGAGAUGUAUGAUUACAAUCUGUCGAUCUUCAGACGACUGAGGAACUUACAAGUGGCUAAUCACACUCAACUCUUUGAGAAUGGGAGCUGUGAGAUCCAACUGACCUGCUCUGUAGAGAAUCCAAAUGACCAUGCCUCGUUCAGGUGGCAGGUCGCAGGAAACACAAUCCUGGAGGAAGCAAACCUCACUAUCUCUUGGGAGCCCAAGGAUUCCAGUGAAGAGACAUACACUUGCAUCGCUAAGAAUCCUGUCAGCAAUUUAUCCUUCUCUUUCUCUGUCCAAAGUCUCUGCAAAGGUGGUUUUAACAAAAAAAAUCAACUCUCGGUUAUCCUAUGGAGUACUCUAGUGCCUUCUUUGAUCUGCAUCUCUGUGUCCUUAAUUCUUUGGAAGAAGAAAAAAGUAGCAGGUUCCUUACACUUUUCUACCCAGCAAACCCAGAGUCCUGCAGAGACCCCGAGGGACCACUCAGGGAAUGCGCCAGCCUGUCCAGAGAACACUGUGUACGCUCAGGUCACUCAUCCAAACACGGACAAAACAUGCUUCAGAUAACAUGCCUGGAUACUGACUUUCCCUUUGGUAACUAAGCAAAUGAAGUUAUGGUUGAUGGAGAGACUCUAAUUCAGAAGACAACCACUUCUCUUUUAGAAAGCAGCAGAAUUGUGACACAUGAGAUGGCUUUGUCUGUGGGAGCCAAAUGAGUAUGAGUACUUCGGGAGAGGAUACGUUAGGAGACAAUGCAAUGUGCUGAUUAUGUGUGUUGUCUUUGGAAUUGGAUAGACUCGUGCUCAAAUCAUGUACUAGACAUAUCUCCUGGAACAUGCUACCUAAGCUCUUUGGUCUCCUAGACUGGAAAAGGCGGGUGGUAAUACAUCAGCCCUAUUACUCAAACCAGGAACCUGAGUUAUCUUUGACUUCAGCUUCUCUAUCACCUUUGGACUCUACCUCCAAAUGUAUAUCUGAACCUUAUCCACGUCUUUACAAAUCUUCAACAUCAUCCUAUAUCUAACCAUUAUCAUCUCUAACCUGGAAUACUACAAUAAACGGAACAAUUCUCCCCAGUUUUGCUCUUACCUCCCUCCACUCCAUUUUCCAAAAGACAGCCAGAGUAGUGUUUUUAAUAUAAAUCAGAUCUUUCACUUGUCUGCUUAAAACUCUGCAAUAUUUCUCCAUGCACUCAGAAUGAAAUUGCAUCUGCAUGACCCUGGAUGGUCUCUGGCCCACCUCCAGCCUCAGCUAUUAUCACUCUCCCACCGCUAUCUCUGUUUAUCCUCCCUGAUCUUCUUUCAGCUCCUCCAUUAAAGGAAAGAGUUCUUUAAGGUAGAAUUAUUCACAUCUGCCUUAAGGCCCUACCACUGCCUGCUCAGCUCCUCCUCACUCUUUAGGUCUCAGUUUACAUAUGUCACCUUCUAAAAGAGACCUUCUCAGACCUCUCUAUCCAGUGCUCUCCCCAUUUUUCUGUCACACUUCCGUCAUUUAUCAUAUGUCAAAACAUACUUAUUUUUAUUGGUUUAAUAUGAGUUUCUCCUACUAUACCAUAAACUUUCCAGGAAUAGGGACCAUAAUAAUUUUAUUUAUCACUGUUUCCCUAGCACCUAACACAGUAUGUAGCACAUAGAAAAUGUUCAACAAAUAUUUUAACUAAAUGAAUGAAUGUGUUAUAAAAUUGUAUGAGAAUUAAAUUAGAUAAUGUACCUGAAGUCUUUAGCAUAGUGCUUAGCUCAUAAACGUGCUCAAUAAAUGUUAGCUAUUGUUGUU